AAAGAGCAUACACGACAGAGAGUUUUUUUCAUUUAGUUAAGUACUCUUAAUUUGCGACUGCAUUGACAAACGUCGGUUUUGCUGCGUGGCAUUUUUUUUCUGGCAUUUUACUAUACAAUUUGACGUGUAAAAAAAUCUUUGAAAAACCUCUCGAUUAAGAAAAAAAAUUUAAUAGCACAUAAGUAAGACCAGAAAAAAAUCUUAUAUAUUUUAAAUACUACACGGCACAGUAGUAAACGUAACAAGAAAGUGUAAAGAAGGAGGAGUGUGGAUACAAGACAACAAAUAAAAAAAAAUAAUUAAAAAAGAAAAGUUAUUGUAAAAAAGAAUAAACAAAUUAAUACGAAAAAAAAGAAACAAUUUCAUAUACAGCUUGAGAGUGUAUAGAAGAAAAAAAGCUUUGGCUGUUUGUUGCUGGUGUGUGGCUUGUGUGGCAGAUUUGAAGUAAUAAAGAAGAAACUAAAUAAAAUGGCCAUUAAACCUGGUAUGGGACGUAAGACGUCCUCAAAGAAUCCACCUAUUUUAAGUCAUGAAUUCGUUAUACAAAAUCAUGCCGAUAUUAUAUCCUGCGUGGCCAUGGUUUUCGUGUUGGGUUUGAUGGAUGAGUCGACGGCACCCUUUGCCAGUGCUUUCAUCUCUUUGCAUCACAAUGUGUCGGGAGAGGAACCCACCCGUGAACAGCCUUUUGGUAAACCAUACACCUAUAUGGCUGGCAUUAAGGAUUACUGUGCGGUGUUCUUUUACACCAUUACCUGCAUUAUCAUGCAUGCCAUUAUCCAGGAGUUUGUGUUGGACAAAAUUUCCAAGAAAUUGCAUUUAUCGAAAUUUAAGCUGUCUUUGUUUAAUGAGAGCGGCCAGUUGGUGACUUUCUAUGUGAUGUCGUUCUUGUGGGGAGCCAAUGUCAUCUUGAAGGAGGGCUACUUUAGCAACUUCUCUUUGUUGUGGGACGAAUUCCCCAACCAUCCCAUGACUUUCUUGCAUAAAUUCUAUUUCAUCAUACAAUUGGCCUACUACUUGCAUAUGUUGCCUGAGCUGUACUUCCAGAAGGUUAGAAAAGAAGAACAACAACCCAAAAUCAUUCACUCCAUCUGCGGUUUCUCUGUCAUCUGCUUGGCCUAUAGCUUUGGCUUCCAUCGUAUUGCUAUUGUGCUGUUGACUUUGCACUAUUUGAGUGAGAUUGUGGCUCACAUCUUCCAAAUGAUUAGCGUAUUCGAUAAGGAUGAGAAAUUGGCCAGCACCCGUAUUGUCAACUCUGCUGUCUUUGUUUUCGUGCGUUUCACCACCAUGGUUAUUGGUGUCUUGACAUUGUAUUAUGGUGUGGUGGCAUCCAGCUCCAACAAAUUGCGUGGCCUUUUGGCUUUGGUCUCAUUGAUGGCUUUGCAGGGCUAUUUGAUUUUCUCUUUCAUCACCGAUCAAUUGAAGGCCAAGCGUGAGGCUGAACAAUUGGCCAAAUUGCAGUCGUCGUCUCAAAAGAAGAAGUCGCCCAAGGAGAAGACAAAACGUAAGCGUGAAUCCGAUUUGCCAGAGGCCGAUCAAUCACCCAAUGCUCCUAUUAACCACAAGCCUAAGGUUAAAUAAGACAAACGUUUAUACUUAAGGAUUUUUACAAAACCGACAAAUCUACAAAGUUCUAAGGAAAGAGAGAGAGCUAGAGAGAGGUUUU